AUGCUACCCGAGCCCGCGUUGACAUUUACGAUUCCCAGCGUACACGACGGCGUUCCUCUUGACUGCCGUAUUUACCACCCUCCGUCACUUGGAGCGAGCUCGCGGGCGUCCCCAUGGAAGAGACACGCGGCCGUGCUCGCGCACCCGUACGCACCGCUGGGUGGCAGCUUCGACGACCCAGUCGUUGAGAUUGUCGGGGCUAGAAUGCUGAGCGAGGGCUAUUUGCUAGGCACGUUCAAUUUUCGGGGGGCGUCCCAUUCAGCGGGCAAAACAUCAUGGACGUCGAGACCAGAGCGCUCCGAUUUUCAGAGCGUCAUUGCGUUUCUAGCAUACUACAUUCACCAUCUCCAGCCGUUCAAGGGCGCUGGCGCUGCUACCGAAGAAGGCGACGAACCGACCAGAAACCUCGACGAUGCAGCGAGCGGAGAGUCUGCCGAUAAAUCAGACCACAAACACGUGCUAGUCGUGGGAGGCUAUUCGUACGGGUCGCUUAUUACCGCACAGCUUCCACCGCUCGAGGCGAUUCUCGAGCCGUUUGCGUCGCCGUCGAGCGCAUCAAACGAAGCGCAAAUACGACUGCGUGCGGCGAGCCUAGCCGAGCAGCAAAAUACACUAAUAAGGUUGACACGGGAAGCGCUGCAGGCCAUCAAUGCCAAGCGAAGCCCUUCUAAACGCGGGGUUCGUGUCGGCGGCGACGAAGGCGCCAUGAGCCCACGGCGCAGGCCGUCCAGCACAGAUGGCUCCAGCCGCCGGAGCCGGAGCGUAUCUCGCGAGCUGGAGGAGAAGCUGCACGAGCUCGUCGCCAAGACGAAAUCCAACCUCCACCACCGACAUCUCUCCUCGGAAACGACGCUUGAGAAGGUGCCAGAAGAGAACGGCGACGGGUCCCUGGCCGUGGAGAAGCGACGCACCCAUGAGCCGGCGGAAGGCCGACUGCCUCGACUUGAGGGCUUCGAGGGGCCCCAGCAAGCAUAUGUGCUAAUCUCGCCGAUUCCUGGCCUCGCGUCUCACCUUGUCACGAUGCGGCUGCUUCCCAACGCGCUGUCUCGUGCGCGGCGGCCAGAGGAGGACCCGGCCGAGGCCAAGCUCGUGCGGCAACCGACGCUGGCGGUCCAUGGCGAUGCGGACAUGUUUGUCCUGCCGUACAAGGCGCGGGAGUGGGUCGCGCGACUGGCGAGCGCGCAGCACUCGCGGUUUCAGGCUGUCGAGGUGCCUACGGCCGGCCACUUUUGGACAGAGGAGGGUGUCCUGGACAAGCUGCUCGACCUUGUUGGAGAGUUUGUACGCGGCCUAGUGGCGGAUCAUGAGGAGGCCGCCGAAGACGGUGCCGAUCAUGUAGAUGCAAUUGACCACUGA